CACCCCUGGCUUUGCUGAGCAGACAGUGGCCUUGUUUCUCAUUGGAGAGGGCUGUUGUAAUAGGAUAGUUUAGGGAUUACAGGUAAGAUCCCAGGAUCCAGUGUGUCUCACCCAGCUAUGGGCAUGGAGCUUGACGGGCACUGAGGGGACAUCAUCACUACGGGGGGACCACCACCAAACAAUCCGGAUUACGUGACCACAACAUACAGAAUAGCGGCUGCCUUGUUCGGACGAAAUCGAUUUGAUCUCGUAUUCUGACAGAGAAAGGGAACUUAACGGAUUACGCAGAGUUACCUGUUUUUGCACAAGCUCCAGCCUGAUUCUCAGCAUCUCUUUCCCAGUUUGAACACUUCUGUGUGUUUUCACACUCUUCCAGCCUUCCUUUCUCUCAGGUUUACACCGCAAUACUCUUUCACAAUGGUUGUGGGUAAGAUGAAGCUCACUUUUCAGAAAAGGGUGAAGCUGGCCCAGUAUUUGUGGAUGCUCUCGUGGUUUGCAACUCUGGGUGGAGCCGUUACCUUCACUUUAGGAUGCUUCCUAAAGACUGAGCUUCGAAGGAGGGGAGAGGUAAUGGACAACACAGACAUCCACUGUGUGCCCAACACCUUGAUGAUUGUGGGUCUGGCUUCAAUGGGCAUCAAUUACUUCGCCAGUCGAAUCUGCCAGGAUGCCCUGGAUCCCGGCCGGUUCCCGCGAUGGAAGACCUUCCUGAAGCCCUUUUUUGGAUGCUCGGUCUUCUUCACCACGCUCAUGCUGAUUUCAGUCAUCCUGAGCUACGCCAUGAAGGGCAGCCUGGAGACCUCGCUGAAGAUCGGCCUGAAGAACGGCAUCCGCUUCUACAAGGACACCGAUACCCCCGGCCGCUGCUUCCAGAAGCAGACCAUCGACCGCCUUCAGAUGGAGUUCCAGUGCUGCGGGAACAGCAACUACAGGGACUGGUUCGAGGUGCAGUGGAUCAGCAACCGCUACCUGGACUUCAGCUCGAAGGAGGUCAAGGACCGCAUUAAGAGCAAUGUGGACGGCCGAUACUUGAUUGACGGUGUGCCCUUCAGCUGCUGUAACCCUAGCUCUCCCAGACCCUGUAUCCAGUACAGAAUCACCAACAACACCGCCCACUACAACUACGAGCACCAGACCGAGGAGCUCAACCUCUUCAUCCGCGGCUGCAGAGAAGCCCUGGUCUACUAUUACAUGGGGCUGAUGAACACGAUUGGAGCGGUGGUUCUGUCCGUCUUUCUGCUCCAGUGCUCGGUGUUGGCCAGUGUGCGCCUCCUGCAGACGUCUAUGGAGGCCGUGGCUGGACAGGAGAAUGUGGAGGUCGACAGCGAGGGCUACUUGCUUGAGAAGGGAGUGAAGGAGACCUUCAUGGAGUAUGUGGAUCCUGUGCUGAAGCUCCUGUGGAUGAACCAGGUGACCCCCCCUGAAGCCAAAGCGGAAGCAGGGGCCAGCUAAAGAGUGCUGACAACUAAUCCAAUCAUUCAUUUUUAUAUAUCAGUUUUAAUGACAAGAGUUGAGUACAUCAUUAAUACACUAAAAUGGCUUUGUGUUUCUAAAAUAUAUUAACAGUAGCAACAUUUCACCCAAAUUCAUUAGAAAUCUUUUGAAUGAUGAAUGAUUCCACUAUCAAUUCUGCAGCACCUUACUCAUCACUUACAUUUUAUGGCAAAUAUAUGAUAUUGCGAGCCUCCUGAUAAGUAAAAGUCUGUUCAUUCCUGUCGGGAGAAACUGACUAUGGGAACAGACUAGCAAUAUGCUUAAAUGGUUGAAUAUUUGAGCGAGAGUGUGGUUUUGUAAUACCGCUGCCAUGGAUGUUUGGAAAUAAUUGGAAGAACAGAAAGAUGCAAAUCAAUACCCUUGUGAAAAAGAAGUGCACUUAAUCGCAUUGAAUGUGAGCUUGUAGUGUACAUUCUGAAAAGUACUAACCUGAAAAGUAUGUUUUUUAAAACUGCUCUUGCAGGUAAUAUAACAUUAAUGAAAUAAAAGGCCACUUAAAGAGAGUCUACUUUCAUAACGAUGUUUCUUUCUCAAGUACGCUUUUAAAAAGUGCACUUUGUUAUCAUUCUAAGUACACUUAUUUUAAGCACAUGUAAAUAUUUGAUUAUAAUUUUAACUGAUUCGGUUUUACGUUUAAAGUUAAUUAUUUUAAAUGUACCAAAUUGCAACUUCAUCAUUAUAAGGAUGUACUCACAAAUCCAUGUCAUGUAUGUUUCAGUCGAAAUGGCAUUAAAGUAUACUUUAGUUUUUCCAGUAUUAUUCAUCACACAUAUUCACACAUUUAACACAGAAGACAGCAGCAAUAAUUAUGAAAUUACAUAUAAAGAUGUUCUUAAGUGGGUGAGAAAUACACUCUGAAAUUCAACUAACUGCAUUUAACAUAAAUGCAAACUAUAAUACAUUUUCAUUUCAUUGCAAAUAACAUGCAGUUUAGUAUCCAAAAACGUUACAUCCACUUGGCACUUCAGUAAAUUAUUUUAAAGUAUAUUAUUUCUGUGAUAAGUACUCUUUUUAAAAGUAUGCUGAAGUGAACUUCUUCUUCACAAGGGUAAGCCCCUUCCAAUCAUCCACAUCUUACACUGUGUGUUACUACCCAGGCGUGACGAGGUAACGCUUUCUCUCCAAAAACAAAGCAGCCAGGACCUUUACAAACAACAGAACACACUGUUACCUGGUUUCUGUGUUUUAGGCUUCACUCCGGGACGCCCCGUCCACACACUGGCCUAAAGUCAAUCUCCAUAAUUAAGUAUUAAGUAUGUUCUAAUAGGUUAUGAAUGCAUUGUAUUUCCGCUUGCAGUGUGGACAAGCAAGCAGUUUGAUGCUGGAAAUCAUUCAUUAAGAUAUUAUUAUAAUUACGAUAAAUGUGAAAUAAAUUAUUAUUAAAUCUCCAGUUAUUACUUUCUCAUCCAGUGUUACUUGCAUGUUGUAAACAUAAAUACUUAACUGUCAUUAAGUCAUUUUUUGUUUUGCAUUCAGCAUGGAAUUAAAAGCAUUGUAAGUGUUAAAAGACGGUGUAGAUGAUGCUCAACGCUCUGCUAUCAAACACUGUACUGCACUCGCAGAACUGUCAGGGAUCUGUGGAGUCUAAUAAAAUCUGACAUUUUGAACUGC